GAUGACUGGAAUUAGAGAGAAAAUUCAAAUUUUCCAAACAGCUAAUCCGUUAGAGAGCGCAAGACAAUUUCUUAUAAAUAAAAAGAAUAUUGAAAUAAUUAAAAUCAACGAUCUGAAAGUGGGCGAAGAAUAUGAAAGUAAAUGGAUAGUGGGAGAAAUUAAAGAAGCUUUCUCACAUACUAAAAAGUUCGAUUGGAAGAAAAUAAUAUUAAACGAUCCUGAUAAUGAAGAUCAGAUGAUAGAAUGUUUUCUGACGAAAGAAUACAGCAGAAUACUAGAUGCUAUCGAACCUAAGGACGUUCUUAUCUUCAAUAAAGCAUUAAUAAAUGCUUCAGCUAAUGUCAACAGCCCACAUGAAUACAAACUGGAAACUAACAAUGUACCGCCAAACUUGACAGAAGUUUGGGUAUUUAUCUCCGAAGUUCAGUCACUAUCGGAAGAUGUCUUUGUUCCAAUUAGUCAACUGAAACCUUGCGGACCGAAAUAUAAUAUCUGUGGAAUAAUUGUUUUCUCGGAUUGUGUUAAAUCAUUAAAAAAUGAUAAGUACAAGUUCUUUCUCAAAUUGAUUGAUACAUCAGGAUCGGAUAGACGUCUAGGCGUAACUUUAUUUAGUCAAAAUGAAGCUGAUUUCCCUUUUCCAAAUAAAGAAGGAGAGAUACUUAUAAUUAAGCGGAUGGAGUGCAAGUUAUUUAACGAAAAAUUGCAAUGUGUUGCAUCUGACAGUGUUGGAGCUGCUUGGGCGAAAUUUUCUGGUGACAUAACUGAAUUAAGAAAAUUUUGGGAGAGUAAAAAACCUAGUAUAAAUUCAAGCGGUUUAAAAACAUCUGUAGAAUUUGCAAUAAGCGAUCUGGCGACUGAAAAUUUCCCGUUUACUUUGAGAUGUAAAAUUUUAGCUAUAAUUGAAAGGGGAAGUGAAUUUUUAUUGAAGAUAUGGGAUGGAACUAAAGCUCAAUUGUAUGUUACUCUUUACUAUAAAGUUGGAGAUUUUGUUUGUUUGUCUAAUCUCACCUUUGAACUAUGCGCAAAAAGUGAAAAGAAUGAAAAAUAUAUAUACCUCAAUGAUGACGAUGCUAGUAGUAUUGAGGUUCUUAAAAGAAAUAUUGGCAGUCUAUACGAAAGCAGAGGAAAGGUUAAAGGAGAUAAUUUUGGAACUAUAAGUCAUCGAUGCUAUACUGAUUUCGUUUGUCAGCUUAUAGGAAAAAUGUAUUCACCAAAUAUUGCGGAAAGAUUAUCAAACAAAAAAUUUUGUUGCGUUUUAGUGGCUUGGGAUGGAACUAAGGGUUUAAAAUUCUCUAAGGCAAAAGUUAAAGAGGAUGAGGUUGAGGAGAUAAAUAAUUCAAUUUGCCCCGAUGAAGAAUAUCUACACUACAUUUUCGUCUAUGAUGAACACGCCGAAAAAGCGUGUAAAAUAAAGCUUGGUGAGUAUAUCGAAGUCACUAAUGCGGAUAUACGAAAGAAAGCAGAAAUUGAUUAUUAUGAAAUUUGUGUCCACGGAAAUGGAAAAGGUUUCAAUAGAGAUAUUCGGGUUUUAAACGAUGAUGAUCCAAGGGUAUCGAUUAUUAAAAUGUUUCAAAGGCUUGUUACUGUAAAACCCUCUGACAAUGCUAACAAUAGCAAUAACAAAACGAUUGUAGAAGAAGAUGAGGAAGACCGAAUUCUCCUAACUCAAGAUGUCGACACUGAAAUUAGACACGAUGGAAGUUUUAUAAGUUUGAAAAAGUUGAAAAAAAGUGACAGACAACCUGGAAUUUGUAAAAUUGAGGCCUACAUUUCAAGUUUUACAAGCAUCGAAAAUCAUCAAUUUAUACAAUUAUAUUGUAACAUUUGUUCACACGAAGAAGGUCUCAUAAACCCUGCCGAAGAUUGUAUCAUUCCGAAUAAUUCAAUUGAAAAUAUGUUUCUAAGUUGGGAAAAGGACAAAAUGGAAGAGAAUGAUUUUGUAUCUUUAAUGUGUCCAAGCUGUUUCAAAAUCUGUGUAAAUCACGAAAAAGAAGAUCUCAGUCCACCUUUUCUUCAGGUCAGAAUGAAAUUUAAGAUAAAUCUACAGGAUAAUCAGGAUCAUCUCGCUGUUGAAUUAUCUGGAGAUGAUGCAAGAGAUUUCUUCGAUUUUACUGGCGACAUUAGAGAGUUAUAUAUGUUCAGAGAUCAAACUAAGUUAUGGGAUUUAACAAUGAAAACUUUAAAAAAGUCAAAAAAGAGAUUAAGGUUAGGGAUACGAAGCUAUUUAGAUUCAAACAACAAGCUUAUUCACACUAUAAGUGAUACUGUUUUAAAGUGUUUCAAGUAG